UCAACCAUCUAAUAUCUUCAUGGUUCAUGACAACUCAAUGCUGUCCGAUAAAUCGAGUAGAGUUGAGUAGAGUUGGCGCAGUAGAGUGCACGUGCUUGCGAGAUCUAUUAAUUAUAAGAUUUGGCUUGCUGUUAUGUUCACAAUGAAAGAAAAGCCCUUAAAUGAAGUAUCUGAUAGUGAUGUAACGAAUUGCAGAAUACAAUGGAAUGAUGCAAUGGUGAAACUGUUACUGGCAGAAAUAAAAAAGCACAUUCCAUCUUUUAUGAGUCCAAUAAAUAAGCAAGCAUGGAAAAAUAUUGCUGCGUCCAUAAAUGCUCAUGGUUACAAUUUGUCUGCAGACAAUUGCUAUGUUAAAUGGAUCGGAUUGAAAAAAAAAUAUAAAAUAUUAAAAGAUGCGAAUAAUAAAACGGGCGCGGCAAAACAAUCCUGGGAAUAUUUUGAUAUCAUUAACGAAAUGUUAAUGAAUAAACCAGAAAUUGCACCAUUAUCCAUUGCGUCAAGUUCACGUGGUUUUCAACUCAAUCAAUCUGAUUCAAAUUCGAAUAAAGAAAUGGGCGAGACAAGUUCUAGUACCAAUGGUGAAGAAAACGAAAAUGUUGAAAUGCAUAUUGAAUCGACUACCUCAGCACAGAAUAGAACAAUAAGGAAAAGAAAAUCGCAAACACCUACUUGGGUUGAAGAUUUAAUUGCACAAAGACAAGGACAUCACGAAAGAAAUUAUGCCCAGCGAGAGCGAUUAUUGCUAUUAUUAGAAAAAUACAUAAAUAAGUGA